CUUAGUGGCAAUAUAAAUAUCAUUCACACAUUGCAUAGAUGAUUGCAAAUGGGGCAAUCAUGGAUCUAAAUUGUUUUCUCAAGUUCAUGAUAUUGGUAAUGAUAAUACUCUUCGUAGGGUUUCUUGCUUGGAUACAAAACAAAGUAGCAAACUCAAAUGAAGUCAAUAACAACACACAAAGAGAUGAGUUUAUGCAAGUUAGUGAUGAAAUUAACCUAUUCUUUGAACAAGAUCAUGAUGAUAACACAAUAUCCAAUGGUUUAAGUGAAUAUUGUGCUUGCUCCUUUUGUGGCAAAUUAAGCAAGAUAAUCACAACAUGCACACGAUGCAAAAAUGCUAUAUAUUGCUCAAAAGAAUGCCAUGUCAUGCACGGGAGAUUUUGGCAUAGAGACGAAUGUGUUGAUGAGAUAGUGUCUACAGAAGAUAACGAGGAAUCAUCUUCUCAUGGUGCCCAAUGCUUUCUCUUGGAGCCUGGAAAUGAAAUCCUUAAUUACCCAUUCAAUGACGAUGAUGACGAGAAAAUAUAUGAGGAAAAUGUUUACUAUAUUGAAGGAGGAGAAAACAAUGUUGAGUCAAGCAAGGAAACAUCAAUGAGGCUUCAUCAUGGCAUUGUUAGUAAUUACGAUAGCUGUGCAGUUUGUGGUAAUCCAUGCUCCAAAAAAUGCUCAAGGUGCAAAGCUAUUAAAUACUGCUCAGAAACGUGUCAGCAUUUUGAUUGGAGAUCAGGGCAUAAGUUUCAAUGUUUUGUUACAAAAAAGAGUUCAACUCAAGAAACAACAAGCAAUCAAGAAUGGCAUGCCAAUGAAAAUGUUAUAAUGCCCCCAAAUUUAGAUGAUGUUAAAGAUAAUGGUCAUUCAUAUGACCGUCUUUGCUUGGAAUUUUAUCCAGAAGAAAACAGCAACACCAAGGCUCUGAUUUUAAGUUAUCAGGAAGCUAGCAACAAAGUCCAAGAGGUUGAACAACAAAUGAAAAGCCUAAAAGAAGAAUUGAAAAUGAUAAGAAAUGAAAAUAUAUCACUACAAUCAAAGCUUAAUUAUUGGGAAAUUAGAGCAAAGUAUUCUGCUGAUCGACUUUACAGUUUCAAGAAAGAAAAUGAACACCAGUUGUUUAUUUUGAAGCAUGAAAAUGAAUUGAUAUCAAAUGCUGAGAAGCAAGCUCGUCAAAUGGUUACUAAUUUAUCUCAGAGGAUACACUGUUUGCAGAUUGCAGUGGAAACUGGAGUAGCAGAGAGGAAAAAACAAGAAGAAUUUAUACUUGUGCUGCAGAAUGAAUGUGCCAAGACUAAGAGAGAGUUUCAAGAACAAAACAAAUAUGUUGAAAGGCUUAUUAGACAGAAGAUUGAUGAUGCCACUCAGUUUCCUAUGAAAGUAGCUGAAGAAGCAGGAAAAGAAUCAGGCACCAGAAUAAUUUCAGCUGAUGAAUCCAAACAUACUUCUGUAGAGGUGUUACAAACAAUCAGUUUAAGCAGAAACCCAACAUUGACUAGACAGUGUUGUACAAUUUGCUUAACAAAUGAGAAGGACUUGGCCUUUGGUUGUGGACACAUGACUUGCAGAGAGUGCGGAUCGAAAAUUCGCAAAUGUCAUAUAUGUCGAAAGAAGAUCACUAAUCGUAUCAGGUUGUUCCCUGGUUAAUUGACAAUGGAGUUGAUAGCAGCUUUCUAAGACAUAGAUGAUCUUCAUGCAAUGCCACUAAAAUUCUCAUCAGAGCAACAUAUGCUUAGUAGUAUUAUCAAAACUUGACAAUUAGAUAUUAAAAUAAUUAGUCAAGAAAAAAAAAUUGGACUUACAGGUCACAUGACCAUGUAUAUCAAGUAGAUAUGUAAUCAAGUUUAACUUAUGUAUGUUUGUAUGUAAAUAUGAAUGCAUAUUAUAAUAUGUUUAUACCUUA